AUGAGUUCACUUCAGUUAGUUCUAGAAAAAAAAGCAAUCAACAGAAAUGAAAACGCCAAAGAAAUGGCCUUUCCUGACUUAAAUAAUACACAGACUGGAGGACAAAUAAAACGUGCUCCUCAACAACAGGCAGUAUCACUGACGAUGACGAGACCUUCAGCGAGUGCGGGCGGGACACUCACUGAGAGGCGGAGGAGGAAUAUAGAGACAUGGAACAUUCAGACGACACGAACCGGGGAGACACAGCCUCCUGGAGGCUGCGAGCAGCACUCAAAUAUCAAUAAUACAAAGCGAGACUCGUCACAGAGCAGUCAUCAUCGAUUGAUGAUGAUCGAUGAUGGAACAGUGAUGGAUCGACAUCACCGCAUCAUCAGUUUGGGGACACGAGUGACGCUAGUUAUAGAGGUGUUUAGAUGUCAUCUGGGUCGAGGGUCGAGGGUCGAGGGUCGCGGGUCGUCAGGAGCUGCUCUCCUCGUGCUCCGUGGUCGUCUCCAGCCCCUCACACCGAACGACCUGGUUGUUCUGUUUAAUUACAGAAUUCAUUCAGUAAACAAGUAUUACUAA